UUAUCUCUCUCUCUCUGUCUCUCUCUCUCUCUCUCUCUUUCUCAUUUACUCUUGCACACAUUCUAUUUUUCUCGAGCGUUAUUUACCAUAUACGAUUCGCGAAUAUUCGUAUCGUGUAAUAUUAAUCACGUGACCACAUUUGAAUAUUAAACAAACAGGAAAAGGAAAAAAAGAAAAAUAAUAAUUGGCGUUGCUACUUUUUAAUGAUCAUCCUCGUGUGAAUUUGUUUAUUAUUUUCUUUCUUUUUUUUCUUAUUCUUUUUCUUUUUCUUUUUCUCUAACGUAUAUUAAUUACACUUUACGUAUCUAUACGUUUUAAUACUUUUGUGUUUUCGAGUGUGUUAUUCGUAUGGAAGAGAAGAUAAAUAUUAGGAAAAUGUUUUAAGAUUUAGUUAAAAUGUCAAUUGGAAGGAAUAUUAUGUUGAGAAUAUUAUAUUAGUUUGAGAAGAGACCUAAACCGAUGGAGAAUGAUGUUAGAUGGGAAAGAAGAUUUAUCUCCCGAGAUCAAAAAAUGGCGACUGGGAGAGAAACGUGCUGGCUAUCCACGCUAAUAGAAUAAAAAGAUAGAAAAAAAGGCUUUUUUUAAACAAUGACGACAACUUAAAGUAGACCGUUUCAAAUUGGAACGGAGACAUGUAUUCGAUGAACGAGUGCAUAGAUAAAUAUAAAAAUAAAAUUUAAAUCAAUUUAAAAGUGUGUGUCGACCUCUGUCCACUUGUGCAUUUUCGAGGUGACGCCGAUCCGUUGAACGGAAUCCAUUACAACAUGUUCGGGACGAAAUUGCGCACGUGGAUGGAGGCACACAUUGUGCGAUCUAAGAAAAAGAAGGAUCGUAAAAAGGGGGAUAAAGGAUUCGAUUCUAACUGCAACUCGCCUAGAAGUCACAGUGCCAAUAGAUCACCUGCUUUGCAUCAAGUACAUCCUGUGGAUUCUCCAACAAAGAACGGCGUAGACGGGAUUCGAUUGCACGGUGGAUCCAGUGGUGGUGUUGGUGGUGGUGUUGGUGGUGGUGGUGGUGGUGGUGGUGGUUACGCUGGAACGGUGACCACCACUUCCGGUACGUCCGGUGGUACCGGAAGCGUGAAUCUUUCGUCUCCGGAAAGUGCCUACAGUACCGGAUAUUCGACGGACGGUACGUCGCCCGGUACGAGCUUUCCGCCCGAGUAUUACAUCAAUAUCAGGACGGGAACGCAUUAUUUUCAAAGUAACAAUAAAGGUAGGGCGCAAGGAAAUGCGGGGAGGAUCGAAGACAGAUCUAACUCAGAGUCAACCAAGUCUACGAACAUGACCGGUGACAGUAAGCAGCUCAAGGACGUUAGAACCAGCACCCCGGCCAAGCUAAACACGCUUAGCUCCGAAGCCCCACCGAUCAAUCAUGGAUCGAAACAACAACCACAACAACAACAACAACAACAACAACAACAACAGCAACAACAACCGCAACAACAACAACAACAACAACAACCGCAGACUCCGCAAAGACAGCAAGAAAAUUCCCAUAGAAGAACAGAAUCCUUCUCAGCUGAUUCCUCAAGGAACAAUCUUCCUGUACCAUCCUCGAUACCUCCCCCACUCGUUUCACCAACCGUACAAUCACCACGCGAACGAUCACGAAUAAGAACGAAUCCGUGGUUGUCGGCAAACUCUUCUGGUUCCAGCACGACUGGAUUCAAAUCUAGGCUAACCCUCGAUGAGACGAGCAGCAGUUCAGGUCUCAAAUUGACCGAAUCUUCUGGUAGCGCAAGUGACGUCAAUGUUAACAGCACGAGAGAAAGUUUAACCAAGAAGGAACACCGUCAGGAGAGUCUCAGCGCUGGACGUAGUCCGAUUAAUCAAAAUUGGAGGAUCCUACCGGGUAUGGAUAUCAGACCGAAAAUACCAUUGGCUAUGCAACGUCGUACAAGCAGCAGCAGUUCAUCUGGAUCAUCGGUAACACGAAGUGGUCGUUCAUCCGAAGAUGACAUUACGUUGAACGAAAUGAUGGGAAAAUUCGAUGAAAGUUACGUCUACGAAAAGGAAACUGAUAUCUUGUCCGAUAGCGACCCAACCGAUUGCGAGGAUUACAUUGACUCUUUGUCAGACGUUGAUACCGGUCAAGAUGGUGGCGAUGAGAACGAUCCCUUCGAAAACGAUUUUGAUUACAUCGACAAUGGUUCCUUCCUCGAUUUAGAUAAUCUCGACUGUACAGGAAAUUGUCCCAAUACCGGUCAUUGUACUUACUUCACGUUUACGAGCGAACUUAGCAGGCGUGGUACUAGGUUGAGGGAAUCAUUCUUGAAACGUAGAAACAAGGACGAAAUUCUUCCACAGAGAACGAUCAGCAUAAGGAACGCUGCAAAGAGGCAAAGUAUUCGUUACAAAAAGACAGAUGAGAAACAAAGCGAGAAACGUAAGAAGAGAAUCUCUCAACGGAGGAAACCAAACAUGGAAAAGUUGGACGACGAGACAGCUAAUUUAAAUCGAGUCUUGGUAGAGAGAAUGUUGCUAAAGAAUUCUGGAUUUAAUCAGGGUAGUAGAAGCGUAGGUGGAACGCCUAUAUGCCUUCGUCGUAAGAAACACGAUGUUAAUAAAAAUCUAUCCCCUAUGAGGUUGAACGAUAAUAAUCAAUCGAUGGUUCAACCUACGAUCGUCGAAAACGAGGUCGUCAAAAGACGUUCUAAUUCGGUGAGUUACGUUAAUGGAAACAUAGUGAGAAGACAGGUCACUGGAAACACAUACAUGACAACAUUCGCGUCAGAAAUAGCACUGAUCGAAGCGGAUAAGGAAGCCGACAGGAAGUAUCGCGAGUUGAUUAUGGAAGCUGAAAAUAUCUUGGUAAAUAUGCAAAAGAAUCAAAGCCCACUACCGAUCGUACCCUCACCGUCACGAAAGUUUCACAAUGGCCUGGCGAACAAACGCGUCGAAUUGAUCAAGAACACCGAAUUGAACAUCGAACUUGCUUUAUCCAAAAGUAGAAAUUCUCAACCAGAAUUACAGAGCGGGAAUAUCAGGGAUAUAGAACAUACCAGUCCGAAAAGACAAUUUACACAGCCCUGUUCUCCGGUACAUCGAUUUAUGGAAAGAAAUUCGUGCGGAAACAUAUCGAGGGACGUUCCAUUUAAACAGGAACUUUCCAAUUGUCCUGAUUCACCUUACGUAGCUAGAAGAACACCCCAAAGUUCACCUAGCAGAAGUCUCGUUCAUUCUCGUGUACGUGUUUGUCCUACGACCGGUGGAAAAGAUAAUGGACGAGCUCGUGUACUGUUAAAUUACAAUGGAGUACCUCACACUGGUAUUGAAACAACGGGGUGUCAACCAUUCCAAGGUUCCUUCUCCAAUAAGACUACUCAACUUCUUCCGCAACAACAACAGCAUAGAGAUUCUUCACGGCUAACGAUAGAUAAUAGGAAGGAUUCGAGAGUUUCAAGAUCGAUGAAGGAAGAAAGUGUGACUUCUAGUUCGUCGGAUUCUGAAGAAAAGUGUGACAUCAGGCGGAAACCUCCUCUGAUGACGUUCAGAUCGAUCGACAUGGACCCGAUCAAGGAAGGUUCUUCUUACUGCCCUCAAAGUGAACCAGUUAAAAGAAAGGUUUACGCCGGUAGUGCGACUUUUGGUAGGAUACAAAAGACAUUAGGUCAUCAUCAUCAUAAUCAAGUGUUACUAAGAAAUUCAGAUGGUGAUACGGCCACUGAUGACACCGGUGAGCCCUCAAAUAUUUUCACAAACUUCGUUGUCCCUUAUCCGAGAAGAUCGUUUAUAAACUCUAUCGUAUCACUGGAUUAUUCAGAUGAUUCUCGAAGAUCCUUGAAGGAGAAAGUAGCACGACUACGUCAAGAACGUUUAGCUGCGGAAUCCAAUGCUAAUAUUCAAGACUCUCAACUAUUUCAACAACAGCUUACUCAAUUACGAAGGCAAAUGUUGAUGCAAACUAUAGAAGGUUUAAAACGUAGUCUGGAAGAUCAAUCAGCUACGUUAAAGCAAACUUGUUUGGAGCCGGUAUUGUCUGACGAAUUGCCUUGAACUUAACACUAUGAUGCUUAUCAAUACUACUACUAUUACUACUAUGUAUAGAAAAUACCAAAUCAUCCUUUCACGAAUGAGAAAAGCUGGAUUUCUUCUCUUCAGCGAUACACGAUCACGAAUCCCGUUGUGUGGUGGUUUUGACUAUAAACACACAUACAGCAUUCAAAUUAAAAAAAAAAACCCUUGUUUGCACAGUCACACAUUAUAGUGCAACCUGAUUACGACUGACGAAUUUACAAAAUUACUACUGCUCGGGUGCGUGCAAGAUGAUACGAAAGAUAAAAUAUAAUAAAAGAAACAAAAUAAUGAGAGUAGUAUACCCGUGAAAAAUACUCAAAUUUAUAUAGAUAGGUAGAUCGUCGAUUGAUAAUUUAAAAAAAAAAAAAAAAAAAAAAAAAAAAAAAAAAGAACAAAAUUACACUGUCGAACGACGGAGAAAGAAAGAAUCUGCUGUAAGUAUUUUUCAGGAACGUUCUCUGUAUUCUCUCCGAAUUUCGUUAGCGUACUUUUAAUCAUCGAAUUGUAACAAUAUCAUUUCGCUGAAGAUUAAAGGGGAUCUAAGAUGGCAGAAAUCACGAUGGAAGAAAAAUAAUACACUAUAGCUGAAUUACUACCGAAUGCUAUAUGACAACUCUAAUGAAUUACGCUAAACGAAUCGAUGUAUUUUUCUGCCCUGUCUCUAUAAGUGGUAAGAAAACCCAUUCGUAAUUGAAAAAUGUUGCAUAAUAUUUUGUAGGCAUCAUUCUUGUUGUCUCUCUACACACAAUUUAAACGACGCUUCAAGUAUUUCGAUUAUUUGUUCUUUUUUUUUCUUCUUAUAUAUUAUAUAUAUAUAUUUUCGUUUUAAUUUCGUUCACAUUUUGACGACUUAGAAACUUCAUGAUAAUAUUUCUAGCAAGUGCUCGCACAUUAAUAGGAUACAAAUUAUUAUCAAACAUUUUAAUUGAGAUUUUUUCACAAUUAGGUUUUCUUGAACUAUAUUAAAGUAGUGUGUUCAAAGAGAGAGAAGUUAAAUUCUAAUAAAUUUGUAGAAAUUUUUUUGGACUGUUAGUCUGACGGGCCUAUUCGGAGGUGUCGCUUUAAUCUUUUUAAAAAACAAGCUUGAGAUAAGAAAAAUUCCUCUAAAAAAAAAAAGAAACUAUCGUCAAAAAAUAUUAAAUACGAGCGAAUACUAAACGAAAUAUUUAACGAGAUAAGCAAAACAAAAAAAAAUAAAUAAAUAAAUGCAUGUAGUCUAUUCAUAUAGGAAAUAUCUAGGAAUUCACAUCUAGCAGAAGCAUAAACAGGUAGGUAAUAAUGAAAAACUAUAAUAAUCAAUUAUAGAUAUUAGGGAAUUCCUUAAAUUGUGUACCCAAUGAAUAUGGCCCAAAUUUAUCCCACAAAAAAACUUGUUCUAUCGCAGAAUUAACGCAGUACGCACAAUAAUUUUGAAAUGUUUUUGCUCGUUAAAAUUUUAUUAGAUUUUUUAUCAAUAUUGUUUGAUUAUCACGCGCAAAGAGAUUAUUCGUACGUCCUGCAAAGGAGAAUAAGUUUUAAUUACAUUUUAUUUUUUCAGUAUACUGUACAAAUGUAUAGUAUAUAUAUAUAAGAAAUUUCCUACCCGAAAUAUUUUGUUUCUUUUUCUCACAGCAACUGCAUAUAUAUUAU